GAGAACUGGUUUCGGACCACAAAGACAGUCAUCCUCACCUCUAAAUUGCACAGAAGAGCCGGGGAUUUUCUCCAAGUUCAGCAUGAGUUUGUGGUGGGACGACUGAAGGGAGUUUCACUGGGGAAGAAAAGGGGGCUCCCCAUGAAAUCAAGUGCUAAAGAAGCACAGGACACUGAUGGCCCAGAGGCCCUUCCGCUGACACAAGAGGAGCAAUGGCACAAGCGCACAACCCAAAAGAGAAAAUCCAGGUACUACAGUGCCCCACCUACAAGAAAGAAAGUUAAACUGUCUGCACCACAACAAACAAAAGGAUGCUGUCCACCGUGGGGAGGGGAGGGGACCAUUGGCGAUCAAACAAUCAAGUUAACAAACACAUGUACAGUUGACAACCUCCUGUACACAAUCCACUUGGCAAUUAAAAGACGAUCCGGCAUAGAAAGUGACUUACAGAAACAUUCACAUGUUGACCCAUGGAUAGCAACCUUACUGCAGGUGCAUGACCAUUUCAACAAAAAGGAAUGGGGCCAAGGAAAGUUACUGUGGCUGAACCAGAUUGGAAGGUUCAAAGGGCAACUGUGGAAUGCCUUCGGUACAGAGGAGGACAUGGUUACUUACAGACUGGGAUUCCUUCUAAACACAGAGCUUGCUGGAAAGUGUCAAAGUCCAGACUGCCCUGUUGUAAAAAGGAUCUCAGGCUCCAUUGACAUAUUUUGUGAGGAUUUUGGUGACUUUCAGGCUAAAAUAGACAAGUGGGCCAGUGAAAGUAUCAAAUCUCUGCCAUGUAAAAGUGGCCCAAAUCCAUGCACUGAAAACCAAGCAACACAGCAACGCACCUUUGUGCAUGGACUGCCAUGUCUUUUAUUGGUUACAGUUGUGCACAGAGGCUUUGCUGCAAAGAAGCUGCUUCCUACAGACUUGCCAGAACUCAUUUCAAUCCUUGGUGGAAAGUAUGAACCAGUUGCCAUCACCUAUCACCUGGGGACUGCAAACCACUUUGUGGCUUUCCACAGGCUGGGCCUACAAAAAAACUGGCACUUUUAUGAUGGCCUAAAAGAAAUGAAGAAACCAGGAAGUGGGGAUGUGCCCAUUACAAACACAAACAUGCUGAAAAAACUUGGGAAAAAACCACAUGUUGGCCACGUGCUCAUGGUCAGGGACAAAGCAGCUGAAAGUGUCGACCAAAGGCAAAAGAAAAAUGCAGAACUGGUAAAAUUCAUUGUGGAAGACAGAGGUGCUGAGGACAGGUUAAGGGCCAUUGUGUCUGGUGAUGAGAGGUCUCAUUAUUCGUUUGAGGAAAGGUGGGUUCCUAUCAUCUUUGAUGAUGAUGCACAGCUUGACAAAGUUGUUUCAUACUUGUCAAGCUUUCUUGCUGGCUGUAAACACCUGUCUCCUGAAGUGUGCUCCAUGAUCGCCAGGGAUAGGAUUAAAUUCAUCCUGCAUGUGCUGCUUUCAGAGGCAACACUACAGGCUCUGAUAGAAAAAAGGAGCAUGACACAGACUGAGGCUGUGGCAGAAGUUGACCAGGGGCAGAUGGAGGAAAGGUUAGAGUACACACAGUCACUAUUUCUGAAAAGAGCAUACAAUAAGAUAGUAAUAUUAAUAGGGUUGAUAAUUUGUUGAUCUAUGUUUUUUUCAAGUGAGAGGCAAGCCCUACUCAUGCAAAUAAAGAUAGAAAUGGAGAAGCGGGGCCUUCCUUAAAAAAAGAAAGCCAAAGAAAGGUUUGAAAGUUCACUUCCUUAUUUGUAUCAUCGCCAUGUUUUUUAAUGAAACAUGGCAUCUGGGUAUUUUGAGCCAGUUCAAAGAAAAUCAGUUAAUUUUUUGAUUAACAUUUUGUGUGUAUUGUUUAGUCUCAAGAGUUGUGAUAUGUUUUUCUGGGAUUUCUAGGUUGCAGAGAAAACGAUGGAUCUGACCUGGGUAAUGUUUCCGCAAAAGAUUCCUGAUUUCCAUCAUUUUCAUUUUCAAAUGUAAAA